UUUGAGAAUUGUUGUUACAAUAACACUCAAAACACAUCCUUUAAAGCUUUAAGAAAUUCCAACAACAAAGUAGAGCUCACUCAAAACACAUACCAAUUACUAGUCUACGGAUAAGUCAAAAUUUAAGGGAUGUUUGCGGCGGCAGCAGCGGUACUAGCGGUGUGUGUAGUAGCCUUGGGAUACAAAAGAAUAAAGCCUCCCCCUCCAAAGGUUUGUGGUUCUCCAAAUGGUCCUCCUAUUACUUCACCAAGAAUCAAGCUCAGUGACGGAAGGCAUUUAUCUUAUAGAGAGAGGGGUGUUCCAAAAGAAAUUGCUAAGUACAAGGUUAUUCUCGUCCAUGGCUUUGACAGCUCCAAGGACAUAUAUUUGCCACUAUCUCAAGAGGUGAUGGAAGAGCUGAGUGUAUAUGUCCUGACCUUUGACAGAGCAGGAUAUGGAGAAAGUGAUCCAAACCCAAAAAGAUCAGUGAAGAGUGAAGCAUUUGACAUUCAAGAACUAGCUGAUCAAUUACAUCUAGGACCCAAGUUUCAUGUGAUUGGAGUUUCCAUUGGAACCCAUUCCAUUUGGGCUUGCCUCAAAUAUAUCCCACACAGGCUAGCAGGUGUGACUCUAGUAGUUCCAGUCAUAAAUUUCUGGUGGCCUUCUUUCCCUCCUAAACUAGCAAAAGAGGUCUUUAGGAAGCAACUCAAGAGGGAUCAAGUCAAACUGAGCAUUGCACACUACAUCCCUACACUUGUAUACUGGUGGAUGACUCAGAAGCUCUUCCCUUACUCUUCUAUCAUGCAGAGACACCCAAUUCUACUAAACAGAAGAGAUUUAGAAACUAUAAAGCAAAUGUCUCAAGUGCCAAAUCCUGAUGAGCACAAGGUUAGGCAGCAAGGAGUCCAUGAAUCACUGCAUAGAGACAUGAUUGUGCAUUUUGGGAAAUGGGAAUUUGAUCCAAUGAAGCUAAAGAAUCCAUUUCCUGAUAAUGAGGCUUGUGUUUACCUGUGGGAAGGUCAUGAAGACAAGUUGGUGCCAUUUGAAUUGCAGAGAUAUGUUGCUCAGAAGCUGCCAUGGAUCAAAUAUCAUGAAGUUCCUGAUGGUGGUCAUUUGAUGAUUCAUGAGAAGGGUUUGUGUGAGGCUAUAUUCAGGGAACUUUUGCUUGGAGAAGAACCCUCCUUUUGAUCUGCAAGAAACUAUUCAGGGCUGCUAUUCUGCAUGAAAAUUCCUACAUUUUGGGUUACCAUUAGAUACAUUUAAAGGCAUAAAUAAUUUUUCAUAUAUCAAAUUGAUAACCAAAAUUUUGCUUGUAGUUUCCUGGUUUACUUGGCAUUUGGCAUUUGCUUCUGUGCAAAUGUAAAUGCGCAUGUGAAUUUGGCCCAAUAUAUAUAGUGAGAUAAUAAUUUGGCCCAAUUUAACUUUGCCUAUUUGGAUGCUUUCUUGUAACCAAUUUGAUUUAGUUCAAUUUCAAACUAAAUUUGAGUUUUUUUUU